AUGACGCUGAACGACAUUUAUCAGCGGAAAGCGCCCUUUCUACAUCGCAACUGGCUACAGGGCAUCACAAAUUGGCAAAGCCCCGCCGGGACAAUGGGCAACAUCUUGUCUGGUCAGCUUGGCGGCGAUGGCCAAGCCGCUGCUCCGCCGCGAAAGCGACGCCGCGUCUCGACUCCUGAGUCGCUCGAUCUUGACCACCUGAUUGCAUCUCCAAGAGCAUCUGAUACGCGCUCUAUGCUUCGCAUAGAUGUUCUCAAACUCUGCCACAAGGACUCCAAAAAGGUCCGAGCCAGCUUUGGUGGCACCGCGCCCAGACAUGUCACUACCACGAAGGCAAAUUGUCGCAUCACCGUCAGCGAUACUACUGGGGGUCAGCCGCGCGUUCUUCACUGCCAAAAUCAGAUUUGCGAUCUCACUACUUUGAAAAAUCCUGUCGGGCCGCAUCGCAUCACAAGAGUACACCUAGCACAACCUUUUUUUGUCCCACGUGAGGCCCUGGUGGUGAAGAGGGUCGAUGAUGGUACCUUUGAUCUUUCCAACGCGUAUGAGCUGCGAAUCGAAUUUGAUUCGGCAACUGACGACGGAACUUGGCCUCCUCUGGAUAUCAGCGAUUUUGGACCAUCGGCUGUGCUGCAGGAUGCAAGCCCCAACGACAUGGGCAGGUUCGUCCUCGUGAGCCACUUUCAAGACAUUUUUGGCAAACUCAAGGAGCCACUGCUACUAUCAGCCUGUCAUCAAUCAGAUAAGCCCUACAGUUCGACCGAGUACGUGAUGGAUGUUGAUUUGCGCUGGUCGUCUGGUUUCAGCGCAUGGAGGCGCCUCGACAAAGAUUCCAUGCCAUGUAUCACUGCCAUCGAUCCAGAUACUGAUGUGGGCGACGAGAAUGCCCCACACAUUGGCGACGAAGAUACAGUUGCCACCAAUAGCAUAAGCGGUCACAAUGCUUUGCAUGGUCAUCUGCGCAGCGAUGACGAGCAAACAGAGGGCGAGAGAACCCCCUCUAGGUCUCUGCGAAGAAGGGAGCAAAACAAAGUAUACAAUCUCAAAGUCUUGAGCGAUCAGGCGCGUGGCAAAGAACGUAAGAGACGUCUCGAUACAGGGAUUGCGGCGGUCGAGGGCCAAAUUACCUACCUAUUGCCGUCAGACCAGCCUGUGCUGCUCGACUGCAAUCGAUGCGUUACAUGCGGUUCGUGCCACGAGUCCCUCCUGCAGCUCCAGAUGCAUUUGCAAACGUACCACCCGGGUUAUGACUAUCGGUGCGAAAACACGAGCCAGGGGCCGCAGUUUCGCGUUCAUCAUCGCCGUUCUGAUACAUUUCUUUCACCAUCCAAACAUUUCCAAGUCAAGCUGACGGCGCAGCCAUUCAGCCUGCAAACAUUUGUCGACGGAGACGCGUCAUGGGUCACGAAGCGCGUUAUAACUAGAGCGGACGACGAUCUGCUCAAAACCCCAUCGUCGCGGUCUGCCAUUGACAGAAUGGCGUCUCACUCUCCUGUUCCCAAGCAGCCAGUGUUUCUUGGUGGCAAGACGACGUUGCCACGACGGCCACAGCAACCCAGAAAGGACAUAGUCGUGGUUCCCAAGAUUUCACAGCCUCUAUAUCAUCCCAUUAGCAAAGCUGAACUGAAGCCAGGUGAUCCAGUGCCUAGUCCAGAGCACGAUGCAGCAUGGCUCAUUCAAAAGCACCGUGAGAGCAUUGCCGACUUUUCUGACGUGACGCCGCAAGAAAAGGAAUUCAUAUGGGAAUGGGACAGCUACAUUCUAAAGCAAUGCAUCACAUCAAGUGCAUACUUGCCGCGCGCUUGGCUAGGGUUCGUCCAUCAAAAAGCUGCGUGGCUAGUGGCAAAAGAUGAACGCAUGCGCGAAUUUGGCAAACAUACGAGUGUGUUGGUGGGACGCGAAGUGUUGACCGAUGAUGUCAUAAAACAGGCUCUGGACCAUAUCAAUCAAGCCCGCUCACUACGGACCAUGGAUGUCGCAAAUGCCAUCUUGCCCGCGGAAAUAGGAGAAGCUGCAACAAUGUCGAAGGCGACUGACGUGCGCAAAAGCAGUAAUGGCUGCACGAUAUGCCAGCUUCCUGUGCGAGGCCCUCGUUUGCUAGUGUGCGCCAGCAAGGUUUGUCCAAAGAGGUUAUACCACUCCGACUGCGUUGAGGCAACAGCCGUGGUGGAUGUAUCGGAUCGCAAAUGGGUCUGCAACUCGUGCGCUUUCUCUGCGACAAAAACAGCAUCGCUAAUCCCACCUUAA